AGAUCAGAUGAUGCAAGAGACAAUUUAUGAAAUCACAUCCAAAAGAAAACUUGAAGAGCAGAGAUGUGAACUAAUGAUAAAACACGAGCGGCUGACCAGUCAAAGGAAGCAACUUGACGAGAAAUGUCUACAACAUUUUGGCAAAAGGUUUGCAGAGAUAAAUGCUUGUUUCCCAGUCGAGUCCUUGGUUCAGUUAUCCACAGGACAAAUAGUCUAUCUGUCAGAGAUCAACAUAGGUGACAGACUCCUUUGCUGUGAUGAAAAGGGCAUGCUUGUGUACAGCCCAGUGUAUCGUUUUGGUCACAGACAGCACUAUGGAAACAAUACAUUCGUGGAAAUAUCAACUAAAUCAAAGAAGCUGAAAGUUUCUCCAAAUCACCAUGUGCAUAUUGGAAAGUCUGUCUGCAGGAAAAACAGUAAAGCUGCAAUAGCUAUAGAAGUUGGUGAUGCUGCUCUUGUGUUAGGGGAGGAAAGAAGACUGGUAUCCGAGGAAGUCCUUUCUGUCACCUUGACAACUGGAAGAGGUCUGUGCGCCCCCUAUACAUUGUGUGGAACCAUAGUGGUUGAUGGAAUGCUUGCCUCCUGCUAUGUGGACCGUGUUGCUCCUUCUCUGGCGCACAAGCUUCUGGCACCCGUUAGAACUUGGUACAGACUGUUUGCUCCAGGUGACUCUAUUGCAAGGAAGAUGAGUCCUGAACAUGUUUGCUUCCCGAGAGGCCCCUACUCCAGAGAGAGAACUGUCAGGAAAAACAAAGGGGACAGAGUCAUAAAAGAUAUCUGAUGAUAACACACCUUCUUGAAAUUAAACAAGAACGUUCUGGAAGAUCCUGAAGGCUAAUUUCAUUGGUGUAUUUACCACAUAUUAGCUACCUGCAUGUGAAAUAGGAGUGAGUGAGUGAGUUAAGAAUUAACGUCACAUCGGCAAUAUUUCAGCCAUAUCGUGACGAGAACAUAUUUGACAUUGA